AUGGACCUCGAGGCCGAGGGAAUGGCACAUGCUGACGCGGAUUCAACGACAUUUGCGCCAGUGACAUCGACUUUGCUAUCCACAGACGCGGUCCGCAGCGACAACCAAGUCGAUGACGCGCCAUCGACGACGCCAGACUCGCUCGACACCGUGCUGCACAUGAUUGACGGCUACAUCGACUGGCUCGCAGCAUCGCCGCGCGAGCUCAUCGAGGUCGACACCAACAAGAACAACAACAACCAGCCCGAAGGCGACGACGGAAAGGUCAAAGGACGAGCCGAUUUGACGCCCGAAGUCGACACCGAGAUUGCGAUGACAACAACGACGUUAGCCAGGACAAAACCACCGGCGAAACUGGCGCGAAGCAAGCCGCCAACAUCCAAGCUCGGUCAUUUGGCCGCUGUCGCGCCAGCCAAGGCAGCGAAGCGGCCACCGAAAGUAGGCGCCGAAAGCGACACCCGCCCGCGCUUUGUGACCGUGUCCCGCAAGCGCAGUUACUUUUCAAAGGCUUAA